AAGGCUAAAGGUUGUUCUCCGCCCAUCAGUCCAGUCACGCCGCCACCCAGCUGGCCUUAUCUCUCGUUGGGCCAAAAUGAUCACCUUGGUCUUGGUAUGCAUUGCUCUACUGCUCCUUAUCUUGUAUGCGCCGCUCAAACCGAAGAAUUUCCCUCCAGGCCCCCCUUGGUUGCCAUUUGUCGGCUGCGCGCCCCAGUUGAAGAGUUUGACCAAAAAACUCGGUUUCCAACACAAUGUGUUCCUAUGGCUGUCGGAGAGAUUCAAAUCUCCGGUGGUCGGUCUACGGCUGGGCAGUCAGUCGGUCGUGGCCGUCAGUGGCUACCACGCCGUCAAGCAGAUUUUCACCAGAGAGGAGUUCGAAGGACGCCCGGACACCUUUUUCAUAAGAAUGAGGUCGAUGGGCACCAGAAAAGGUAUAACCUGCACUGACGGCGCGCACUGGCAAGAGCAGAGGAGCUUUGCGGUGCGCCACCUGCGCAGCCUAGGCUUUGGCAAAAGCACCAUGGAAUGCAUGAUCAGGGAUGAAGUCUCAAGAGCAAUCUCUCAAUUCGACCAAAAUAUUGGUGAACCAGCUUUUGUCGAUUUUGCUCAGGGCGUGAUGUCUGUGUUGUGGGAGCUGACCGCGGGCACAAAGUUCAGCGACGACGACCCGUCUCUCGGACGACUGCUCGAGCUCAUGAAGAGACGAGCUCGUUCUUUUGACAUGUCCGGAGGGGUGCUGAGCCAGUUUCCGUGGCUCCGCUUCGUCGCUCCCGAUUCCAGCGGCUUCAACCUGCUCAACACCGUCAAUAGCGAGCUGAACGCUUUCUUUAUGGAGACCAUUCGGAGCCACAAAAAAUCUCACUGCUCAGAUGAGCACCGUGACCUGAUCGACGCCUACUUGACCGAGAUUGAAAAGCGCAAAGGCAACCCUGAGUCUACUUUUUCUGAUGACCAACUGGUCAUGGUGGUUUUGGACAUGUUUGUUGCCGGCUCAACAACCACCAGCACAACUCUAGACUUCAUUUUCUUAUAUUUGGCUCUAAACCCCAGAGUGCAGGAAAAGGCAUUUGCUGAAAUUUCCAGUGUGAUUGGGACGCAACUUCCCCCUUCUUUGGCUCACCAGUCAAAGCUGCCUUAUACCGGUGCUGUGAUUCAAGAGGCGAAUAGAUUGAGCUCCAUUGUCCCCAUUGCAGGACCAAGAAGGGCACUCAGGGACACAGACCUUGAGGGAUACUCAAUUCCGAAAGACACUACUAUUUUGAUCAACCUGUGGUCAUUACACCAUGACUCAGGACACUGGGGAGACCCUGAGGAAUUUAGGCCGGAGCGUUUUAUCAAAAAAGAGGGAGUCCUGGAGAGUGACGAGUGGCUCAUGCCUUUCGGGCUUGGGAGGAGAAGAUGUUUGGGUGAAACCUUGGCCAAAAGCUACAUUUUCAUGCUGGUGGCCGCUGUGGUGCAGAAGUUUGUAAUCUCUACACCAACAUUCAAUGCCAUUCCGCCAUCGCUACCAGGAAUCAUUGCAUCCUGCCCAAAACACCAACUAGUAUUCAAGGCUAGAAAUAGCUAAUUUUUGUUAAACAGAAUUAAGAGAUUUCAAUAAAAAAAAAUAUAGU